UCGCCCAAUCUCUAUCUGCUAAUUAAAUAAGUUGUUUGAAUUAAAUAUGAUAUCUGGAAAAACUUUCCAUUAAUAUGAGCUUCUAUUCUCUCUCUACCUCUAUCUUUCUUUUAUUUUAAGAAAUAUGUACUCUCCAUUUAAACUCACAUGGGACGACGGCCUUGCUUAUUGUCCCAAGCAGCGCAAUUUUUUAGCAGAAACCGAGGAGGAGGAAGCUAAGGCAUUAGAGUUCUGUUUUCCGCUUGAGUUCUUUCUCCAUCCGGCUCCCGAGACGACGAAGGCAGGAAACUAUAGCCCAUCCUCCAGCUUGAUCAAGAUCUUCAUCUUCUACAGCCGCUUGCACAGGAGGUGUAUAGAUUGCACGCGUCGCUUCUUCGCCUCCUUCGUUGCUGUUCGACUUCGCUCCUUCGACGACUUUCCCUUCCUGUCGGAUCGGAAGUUAGGACAUUUUGAUCGGAAGCAACAACGGGACCUCGCUGGCUGUGAAGGCUACCAGCACAUCUAAUAAAAGCAACAAUACUUCCACUGAAAGCACCCAAUUCAUAGAAAUUCAUGUAAUGUCUAUCUAGAUCGUAUUGCUCUGACUCUUGGAGUGGUUUAAUGUGAUUACUUGGGGAAAUUGCUGAAGUUCCUCAGAUUAUAACAACUUAUAGAGAGAAAUCAGUCCGUGGGGUUUUCUGUCGCCUUCUUGAUGGCAAGGAUUAUUGGGUAUUUUAUAAAUUUCUUUCAAUAUUUUUUUUUAUUUGUAAAUACCUUUGUUUUUUAAUGUCCUUUUCCUUUUUUAUAUUAUCUUAAAUGAAAACUCAAGUAUUGCAACUGUUUUCGAAACUGAAGUUCAGUAGUUGGUAAAAGUUCAUUAUUAGCUAGCACAAGUCGAGUACUUAUUGAAGAGUCCAUGUCUUUGCUAAAAAAUUU